UUCAUAUUACAAAGCCUAGGGAGUGCGCGGAGAGGAGCGAGUUCCGCUAUGUAAACUAACAGCAUCACGGGCUUGUGUCUUGAUCUGCCCCAUGGUUUUCUCGGAGCCGCGGCUGUAGCGAGCGGAGGAGAUGCCAGACCAACUCUCGGGCUCAUCUCGGACGGGUGUGGAAUAAUCUGUCGCCGGUGAUCGUUCAAAAACAAAUCGGCGAGGGAAACGGGAUAGUGGAUCUGUCGUCAGUUUUACGCGGCCGUGCGGAGGAAACGCACGCUACCACCAACAGCUGCCGAGAGGAGAGCGCCGGACGCCUCUCGUCUGUUCUAAGGCCGCCAGGAAUCGUGCCGACUCUCAACCACUCUGAUUUCCUGAGAGAUCGCCCACCCGCCGAUCAACGCGUCAUCUGCAGCCUCUCAGCGAAUGGGGGUUGCCGUGGGAGCCAUGGGCGGGCCAAAGUUCCUGCUCCUGGUGCUUCUGGUUGGCUGGGAGAAGUCGCUGUGUCUCAACUGGAACCCGAUCCCACGCAAGACCGUUCGAUACCACGAUGUGUUGGAUAGUAUGGCUCGGUUCAGUGCACAAGGUGUGUGGAACUACAGCAUGGUGACUCUGUCAGAGCACGAGCGGGUUCUGUAUGUGGGGGCACGGGAGGCUCUAUUCGCUCUGGACCCAAACGACAUCAGCAGACAGUUACGGCCUCAGAUUGACUGGCCAGCCCCCCAGGACAAAAAGAGAGAGUGUGCUGCCAAGGGGAAGAAUAACCAGACCGAGUGUUUCAACUACAUCCGCUUCCUGCAGAGCUACAACCACACCCACCUCUAUACCUGUGGUACCUACGCCUUCCAGCCUAAAUGCACCUAUGUGAAUGCCGACUAUUUCACCCUCAACUCUGCUGCCUUGGAGGAUGGGAAGGGCAAGUGUCCGUAUGACCCUGCUAAGGGACACACAGGCUUGAUAGUUGAUAAGGAGCUGUACUCCGCCACACUCAACAACUUCCUUGGUACAGAGCCCGUCAUUCUGAGGAACUUGGGCCAGCAGCACUAUAGCAUGAAGAGUGAAUACCUACCUGCCUGGCUCAAUGAGCCUGACUUUGUGGGCUCAGCCUUAGUGAGGGAGAGCAGCGGCAGUACGGAGGGAGACGAUGACAAGAUCUAUUUCUUCUUCAGCGAGAGGGCCGUCGAGCUAGAAUGUGACUCAGAUGUCACUGUGGCCCGGGUGGCCCGUGUCUGCAAGGGUGACCUGGGGGGAACCAGGACUCUCCAAAAAAAGUGGACCACCUUCCAGAAGGCGCGUCUGGUGUGCUCCCUCCCCGAGCGUCAUGUCAUCUUCAACAACCUGAGGGCCGUCUUCACGCUGCCCGGGCAGGAAUGGCACAGCACCACCUUUUAUGGCAUCUUCCAUGCCCAGUGGGGUGAUGUGGACGUGUCAGCGGUGUGCCAGUACAAGAUAGGGGACGUGAAGAAGGUGUUUGAUGGGCCCUACAAAGAAUACAGGGAGGCAUCCCAGAGAUGGGGACGCUACACAGGCAACAUCCCCAGCCCGCGGCCAGGAGCGUGCAUAACAAACUGGCAUAGGGAGAAUGGCUAUAACAGCUCUCUGCAGCUGCCCGACGCCACCCUCAACUUUGCCAAGAAACACCCUUUGAUGGAGGAGAAGGCUCUGGCGCGCCCCCUGCUGCUCACCAAGGGCAUCAACUUCACACGGCUCGCAGUGGACCAUGUCAACUCCCUGGACCAGCGGCCAUACAACGUGCUUUUCAUUGGCACAGCGGAGGGCUGGCUUCAGAGAGUGGUGGUCUUUGGGGCAGAGGCCCAUGUGAUAGAAGAAAUCCAGCUGUUUGAGACAGUCCAGCCUGUGGACAGCCUAACCGUCUCCCACAACAAGAAGUACUUGUACAUUGGUUCGCGUUCAGAGGUUCUCCAGUUGCCCUUGGCCAACUGUAGCCGCUAUCAGUCUCAGCCAGACUGUCUACUUUCCCGGGACCCCUACUGUGCCUGGGACAGCGAGGGCCGGGCCUGUGUCCGCAUUGACCUACACCGCGGGUCCCCCAACUCACUUUCACAGGAUCUCAUGCUGGAGAGGUUUAGCCGUGGCAAAGCCAAAUUCGACAAGCCUGUUUCCAUCCCCAGCCCUGAGCACUCUCAUCUGCGUAAUGUGACGGUGGUGGUGGGUUCGGACAUGGUGCUGCCUUGCCAGCUGGUAUCCAAUCUGGCCCAGUCCUGCUGGGUCCUCAACGACCGUGAGCUCCAGUUGGGUGAACCUGAUGCUGGGGGGCCACGCUUUGACCGGACCCUUAAGGCCCUGGUGGUCCCCAAGGCCGGCCAGAUGCAGGCGGGCCGUUACAUCUGCUACUCUGAGGAGCAGGGAGUUAAGUUUCAGACGGAGCGGUACCAGGUGGCAGUUGUGGCCAGCGCCCCAGUCUUCAUGGAGGCCCGAGCCCCAGAUGGCAGCAUGGGGUUGUUUUGGGUGCUGGUCAUCACCCUUGGAGCGGCCUGCCUGCUGCUGCUGGUGGCAGCCCUCUAUCUGCGCAGGAGGCUGAAGCUGGCACUGGGCAAGGGUGCAGACAUGAAGCCCCUGGAGAGCACCCUGGUCUACCCAAUCACACUGCCCAAGGAACCCCCCACCUUUGUGCCCAGCAAGAUGCCCAGUGACGAGGACCGCUUCUGGGAAACGGGUGCCAACUACUAUUACUCAGACGGCUCGCUGAAGAUCGUUCCCGGCCACGCCCUUGGCCCCAGCAGUGUUAGCAGCACGGCGUCUCCCAGCGCCAUUCCUGGCCAGCCCAUUCACUCCCCCAGCCGCCUCAGCCUCACCAACAUCCGAGGCUCUGGUAGCAAUGGCUACAUCCGCCUCAACCUGAGCACGGCAGGGGAGGAGAGGGCUAGCCAGUCUGGUGCUGGAGGCGGUGGGCUGGGAGGGUUGGGAGGGGGCGGGGGCAUGAGCGGGAAGGACUACUCCAGUCCCUUCAAAGAGGAGCUGAGACGCACUCUGCAGCAGAGGAGUGUGCUGCCCGAUGCCAACCCAGAGGAGUCAUCCGUCUAGACCUCUCCUGCUAGUCCCCCUCCAUUCUCUGAGUUGGAAAAAAAACAACUAACCUACCUCCUUCCUCUAGAGGAUGUUGUGCUCUCUCUCUCUCUCUCUCUCUCUCUCUCUCUCUCUCUCUCUCUCUCUCUCUAUCUUUUGCUCUCUCUCUCUCUCUCUCUCUCUCUCUCUCUCUUUCAGUCGCGCGCUCUCAAGUCCCCACGCUCGCUCUCUCUCUCUCCCUCUCUGCCAAUGCCAGUUAGGCUCACACUAUGACUCUCUAGACAUUUAUAGCACACACAGCAUGCUAAAUAAACAAACUCACACAUCAUGUUGAUCAACACCCACACCUGUAAUUGUGUCCUGGGCACCAUGCAGUCAUGGUUUUAACUUCUCUCUGCUUCCACUGUGCAAAGUCUAGUUGUGUAAAUUGUGUGUAUUUAAAAAAGGCAUAUAGAACGCAGAGGAAAUCACCUCAAGCAUGGAAGUCAAACAAAUCAUGUUGUUCUCUGAAGGGCACAUUUCUUUUGUGUUGAUCGGACCAAGUAAGGUUUUAAGCCUUUAAACUGAAAGCAUUGAUGAGCUGCAAGUGUGACCAACAGAAAAUAUCAAACUGGCUUUCGGUUCCUCCAUAUUCACCCAAGACAAUUGUGGCGUUCUGCACUUUUGAGAGUGUGGCUUCCCUUCUUUGUGUUUGUGAGCCAAGAGUGCAAGAGAGGUAUAAAAAGACUAAUUAAUCUCGAAGCAAAACGACAAUCAUGUCCCUGCCUCAGGAGUUUAGCCUGGGACUAAAGGAAUGGGAUGAAAGGAGAGAGGGGGGGGGGGAUAAAAUUAAAUUGAAGGG